AUGGCUCCCAAGACGGUGCUGAUAACGGGCUGCUCCUCCGGCAUUGGCUUGGCCUUGGCUGUGAAAAUGGCCCGGGACAAACAGAAGCGGUUCAAAGUCAUUGCCACCAUGAGGAACCUGGGCAAGAGGGGGUGCCUGGAAGCGGCCGCCGGCGUCACCCUCAACAAGACCCUGGAGAUCAGGCAGUUGGACGUGUGCGACGAGCGAUCCAUCAUCACCUGUAUCAACAGCAUCCCCAACCGGCACGUCGACAUACUGAUUAACAACGCCGGGGUGGGGAUGAUUGGACCCAUCGAAUGCCAGACCAUCGAGGAGAUGAAGGGUGUGAUGGAGACCAACUUCUUUGGUGUGGUGAGGAUGAUCAAAGAGGUGCUGCCCGAUAUGAAGAGGAGGCGUAGCGGGCACAUUGUGGUGAUCAGCAGUGUCAUGGGCCUGCAAGGCAUUAUGUUCAAUGACAUCUACACAGCCUCCAAGUUUGCCGUGGAAGGAUUCUGCGAAAGCCUCGUCAUACAGGCGCUGAAGUUCAACAUCUUCGUCAGCCUGAUAGAGCCUGGCCCCGUGGUGACCGAGUUUGAGACGAAGGUCUAUGAAGAGGCAGAGAAUGCAGAUUACUCCACGACAGACCCUGAGACGGCAGACAUGUUCACUAACCUCUACCUGAAGAACUCCAAGGCGAUUUUCUCCAGCCUUGGGCAGACUCCCAAUGACAUAGCAGAGCACACGCUGAGGGUGAUCAGCGCCGCCAAGCCGCCCUUCCGCCACCAGACCAACCCCGUCUACACGCCCAUGACGGCCCUGAAACACGCCGACCCCACUGGAGCCCUGAUGACCGACACCUUCUACAAGAUGGUCUUCAAGUAUGACACGCUCAUGCACAUCAGCCUGAAGGCCAUCAAGGUGAUCCGAUGGCAGGCCCGGAAGAUGAGGCAGGGGGUGAAGAUGCUUGGCUUCAGAUAGGCCAUGGGAAUCAGGGUGGAGGGGUGGAGAUUGGGCUCAAGUGCAGUAGGGCUGGAAAAAGGCUGGAGAUACUCCAUGAACAAUGGGUUCAGUGGACAUGUGCCCACUGAACCAGACACUAACCCAAUAUGGCUUAAUUUUAUAGGGUGUCCUUUGCACAAGCUGUACCCAAAAGAGCAAGGGGAAGGAGAAAUGAAGAGGCAUGGGCUAUUGGCCGGGGGAAAGAGGUUGUAGCUGACAGCUAGCGGCAGCCAGGGGAGAAGGCUUUUGAUGCAACAGGGAUGAGCUUCUGUGGGAGGGACAGCUGCUAGGAAAACAGAGGAGGGAGGGGAGCAAAGAGGGGGCAGGGUCUCGAUUCUCCUCUCAGAAUCGAUUUACACCACAGCCCACUGAGCUAAUAGGAUCCACUCCUGAAGGUACAUUUGCAAUCAGAAUCAGUCAGCAAGGCAGGGCCGGGAGAUGGCCUUUGCUUGCUUGUUACCAGCCUAGGCUGGAUUUGAACCUGUGAUCUAGAGGCACAAGAGAAGAUUUUCCUUGUCCAACUAACGGCCCUGGGAACAGACUCGCACUCCCCCAAGUAAUUUUAAAUAGCAGCAAAUAAUAAGAGGGGCUGCAGCAAGCUAGAGUCCUACUUGCCCACAUCCAGUCCCCACCCCACUGCUGUCCUCCAGCCAGUCCAUGAGCACCAACCGAUGUGUCAAACUGAGAGCAUGGCACUCAGUCAUAAUACGUGGCUUUUUGGGCCAGGUGCAUAAGUGGAAGAUGCAUUGAUGGUUAAAAGAAUCAUAGGGAACUUGAGUGAACGAUGCCCAAUACCUGUGUAGCUGUAGGAUUGCAGAAGUCCUUGCUCCGUCUCCCAUCUCCAGCUUGAUCUAAGUUACACGAACUUUCAGAGCCGCCUUUCAGGAAAACUUAACGAGACUUGGUGUCACCUCUUUGGAAGCCUUCCAGAAGGACUCCUCCAGUAUGCAUAAGAAUAUAAGAAUGGCCAGAUUGGGUCAGACCAAAGGUCCAUCUAGCUCAGUGUCCU